ACUCCCCGCAGAGUACGAUAGUCACCGACACCACCACCACCGCCCUGCCAUCGCCCGUGUCUCAGUGUUGGUCGUAAUUAUGAGUGGUUAUUCGCCUAAAUGCUCAAUCCCUGCGUGUUUUCCCCUAAUGGCCGCCUUCCUUAAGCCUCUGUGAGCGUGGAGGCGGGAAACAGGAGGAAGAAUCGCCGUGGUUGCUGAGAGGCCGGCACCAUGGACAAACAACAUCCGCAGCGCAGCGUCCAGCUGUGCACAGACACCAGCGACUGCCAGGAGCUGUCGCGCACCUCCGGCCUGCACCUCAAGCCUACCGCACGGCUCAGCAUCACCGUCACCCUGCCACAGCUCAAGUCUGGGCAGUCCAUAUCCAACUGGGAGGUGAUGGAGCGCCUGCGAGCGGCUAUCACGCCCAAGGAGUUCACGGUCAUCAAGGUCACGCUAAGUACGCUGGAGUUCCUCAGGUUCGACGCGGAGAUAGAGAACAAGCAGGACCUCACCCUCGUCAUCGCCAAGAUUGACCAGAAGGGCAUCAAGCUCAGCGGGUUCUCCGAGCUGCUGAAGAUCCGCGCAGUUGAGGCAAAGACGUCCUUCCCGAUGCGGCACGACUGGGAUAGCUUCUUCAGGGACGCCCGGCACAUGAACGAGAUGAAGCCGGGGGAGAGGCCGGACACUGUGCACUUCAUGGACCUCCCUUGCAACUGGUUCUCCCACCUCAACGACCCAACCCCCGGCAUGCCCAACGCCUACGUACUCGGCAAGGUCAUGGGGUCGUUCGGCGAGGUCAGGGACGUGGACAUACCCGCCUGUGACCCGUACAGACGCUCCAUGCCGACCUCCAUUAGCGGCCUCCAUGCCCCGGUGACCUGCGGCCCUGGGGGGGGAGGGGUGUUCGAGGCCUAUGUGCAGUUCAAGGAGUACAUCGGGUUCGCCAAGUGUAUGCACGCGCUCCAGGGGAAGAAACUGGUGUACAUGGAUGCCGAUGGGAAGGCUUGGAGCACCAGUAUUAAGGUUGAUUUUGACCGCACGAAGCAUAUGUCCGAGUACUCCAUCAAGAAGAGGGCGGCCGAGAGGGAGAAGCUGAAGGCCGUGGAGCGGGAGAGGGAGGAGAAGCUGCGGAGGAAGAAGGAGAUCGAGGAGAUGAGGCUGGAGGCUGAGAGAAUGCGAGUGGAGGAGGAACAGCGUCUCAAGGAGGAGCGGAAGGAAGCCAAACGGAGGGAGAAGGAGGAGAGGAGGAAGGCGCGGGAGGAGAAGCGGAGGAAGAAGAGGCUGCUGAAGGAGGAGGAGCGGCUGAAGAAGGAGGAGGAGGAGGAGGAGGCCAGGUUUGCGCGGAAGAUUGCGAUGGAGGAGCGGAAGUUGCUGCUGGCUCAGAGGAAGUUGGAGAGUAUCAGGCUGUUGGAUGAGCUCUUUGAGAGGAUAAAAGUGGUGAAGCAGAAGGAGGUGGCCCAGAAGAGGGAGGAGGAGCUGUACAAGGCCGUGGACAAGGAGAACACCAAGGCCAUGACGCAGAUGAGGAAGAAGGAGUUGAAAGAGCACCGUAAGCAUGAGAGGCUGGCGCAGAAGGAGAGACUGCUGAGAGGCCGGCUGGUGAUGUCCUACAAGACCCGGGAGGAGGAGAGGAUGGCCGAGCAGCGGGAGAGGGUGCGGAGGGCUGUCCAGGGCAAGGACCGCAUCCAGGGUGUCAUCUCGGCAGCCUCCCUCUCCUCCAUCUCAAGUGCCACCUCCGAGGACGACCUCAAUGCAGUGUCCUCCUCCUCCUCCUCCUCCUCCUCCUCUUCCUCCUCCUCCUCGGACACGGAUUCAUCGCUGGAUACGGGUGUUCGAGUGCCUAAGAUGCUGCCUGGGGCUCAGCGCAUGGACCCAGCAGCAGCAGCAGGGGCAGGAGGAGCACCAGGCGGGGACAAGCUGCCCUUCGAGGGUGACCCCAGACUUCAAGGGCGACCUGAGGGGCCUUACCCCCCCUACUUCGAGGGCCACUACCCCUACGAGGACUGGGACGACUCCUACGGCGGCCGGGGGCGGGGGUGGGGGGGGCGCUGGAGGUACCCGCGGGGCUCGUGGCGGGGGCGGGGCUUCAGGGAUCGGGGGAGGGGGUUCCGGGACCGUGGGGGGCGGGGGGGGUACCGGGGGGGCUGGGGGGGCAAGUAUCCCCUGGAGGAGCAGCCCAGACCCAACACCUGGUACAAGAGGGGGGAGGGGGGGGACUCUCCCUCAAGGUCAAGGUCGAGAUCAAGGUCACGGCGACGGUCGAGGUCACGCCGUUCAAGGUCACGGAGGUCAAGAUCCAGGUCGAGAAGGUCACGUUCCAGGUCAAGAUCACGGAGGUCAAGGUCGAGAAGGUCAUCAAGGUCAAGGUCAAGAUCUAGGUCAAGAAGGUCAAGGUCAAGGAGGUCAAGAUCCAGGUCAAGGUCGAGAUCCAAGAGGUCAAGAUCCAGGUCAGGGUCGAAAAGGUCACGUUCAAGAUCAAGGUCUAGGUCAAAAAGGUCACACAGCAAGAGGUCAAAAUCAAGGUCAAGGUCACACUCCAAGAGGUCAAAAUCAAGGUCAAGGUCACACUCCAAGAAAUCAAGGUCAAGGUCACACUCCAAGAAGUCAAAAUCAAGGUCAAGGUCACACUCCAAGAAAUCAAGGUCGAGGUCGCACUCCAAGAGGUCAAGGUCAAGAUCCAAGAGGAGGUCGAGGUCAAGGUCAGGGUCCAAGAGAUCAAGGUCAAGAUCCAAGAGGAGGUCACGAUCUAGGUCAAGGUCACGGUCCAAGAGGUCAAGAUCACGGUCGAGGUCAAGGAGGUCGAGGAGGUCAAGGUCAUCCUCGAGAAGGUCACGGAGCGGGUCGUCUCGUUCAAGGUCACGCUCGAGGAGGUGGAGGGAGAGGUCAGUGGAGGGGAAGAGGAGGGAGAGGAAGAGGGAGGAGGAGGAGGAGAGGAGGAAGAGGAAGGAGGAGGAGAAGAUCAACUACGAUGACCUCCGGGAGAGUGACCUUGAGCUGUCCAGUGAUCCGGAGGAGGAGGCGAGAAGGAGGUAUGGGGGGGAGGGGUUCUACAUGGAGGGGGGAGAGGAGGAGGGGGAGGAGGAGGAGGAGGGGGGCUUCAUGUACCACCCCCACCACUACCCUCCCCCCCACCACCACCACUUCCCCCCCAGAGGCUUCGAGAGGGGGCGGAGGGGGUACAGGGGGCGUUGGGGAGGGUACAGAGGGCGGGGAGGGGACUGGCGGUAUCCCCCUCCUACCAGACCCCAGGACCCCUACCAGCACCUCUACCUCAAGUACUUCGAGAGCGUGGCGGACCGGGAGGAGCGGAGGAAAGACGGAGACGACCGGAGGAAGGUGGAUGAGGAACGGAGGAAAGUGGAAGAGAGAAGAAGCCAUGAGAAGGUGGAACGGAGGAAGCCAGAUGGGAUGAAGAAGGAGGUGGAGGAGGAUGAGGAUGGAGGGAGGGAGAGAUUUCGGAGGAAGGAGGAGGGGGAGGCACAUCGCUCCAUCCGUGAUAGAGUUGGAAGCCUGGAGGAGCCUUUCCGAGGAAGAGGAAGAGGAAGAGGAAGAGGAAGAGGAGACUGGGGACAUGCGAACUAUGACCCACGGAAGGCGAGAGACCGAGACCGAGACAGAGAGAGAACUCCACCUCCUCCUCCACCUCCACCCUUGGCCAUGGACCGGAGGAGGCUGGAGGGGGUGGAGGAGAGGCAGCGGAGGGAGGAGAGGGAGCGGAUGAUUGAGUAUGACCCCGGAGCACAGUUGAAAGAGCGAAUUCGACAGGACCGAGAGGAGAGUGAGGCGAGGCAGAAGGAGAGAGAACGCGAACGAGAGCGAGAGGCCCAACAACAACAACAACAACAACAACAGCGGUCACUCAUCACCACCAGCAGCCGAAGACCAGAGGGUAGACCCGAGCGACCUGGGAGACUCGAGCGACCAGUGCGACUAUCAAGCGCCGUCGUGCGUGACCCAAACUCGACACGCACUCACACUCGCUCCCCUUCCCCCUCGUCUCCAGGCCCAGGGGAGGCACGCUGGCGGAAACAGGGGCUACGGGCGGACAUGGAAAAGAGGGAGGUGUCAAUCAAGGAACGGUUAAGCUUCAGACGCCCUCGAGAAACGGAGAACGGAAACCAGAAUCCUCGUGUUCCGGUUACGUCAAGAUUGAGAGGGAGGCGGAAAGCGGAGCACCCACCCAUCACGCCUCCUGCUAUCUCCACCAGAGGGAGAAGAGAGCAUAGAGGAAAAGCCCAGUGGGAGGAGGAUGCUGAGGAGGAAGAGGAGGAGGAGGAGGAGGAGAGGGUCGUGAAGAGGAUAGGAGACUUGGAGGAAAGUGAGGAUGAGAGUGAGGAGGAAAGAGGAGGUGGGAGGAAGCAGGUUGAGGUAGGAGGAGGAGGAGGUGGAGGAAGGAAACGGAGGAAGAGGAGGAGGAAGAAGAGGGAGGAGGAUGUCGGGAGGCUACACAAGCACAAGAAGAAGAAGAAGAAGCAUGCAGUAAAGAAGGAAAAAGGGAAGGAAAAAAAUGUGUCUUGAAAAAAUAAAAUAAAAAACUUCCUUAUAUUGAACAAAAAAGAAAAAGAUGAGUAUAUAGAAUUAAGGAGUGAAGGAAAUAUAAAAAACAAUACACUUAUGAUAUUUUUGUGUGUUUGCGUGUGUUUAAUAUUACUGUAUAUAUAUAAUUUUUUGUACAUGAUAUUUCCAAGGUCCAUAAAAGGCAGUUCAGUAACACUUAUAAUCUUAGUAAUAGAAGUAACGGUAACAAUCACGAGCAUUUUUUUUUUUAGACAAGGGGAAAAAAUGUAAAAAAAUACCCUAACUAAUAUUUUUUUAAACAAUUUUGGUGCAUUGUAAAAAUUAUAUAUGUAAGGAUAGGGACAAUUUUACCACAUUUUCCUUUUGUCGUAUAGAUAUGUAUGCUUCACUAUUUCAAGGUGUUAUUUAGGGGGGUAACUUUUGUAUCUUUUUCAGGCUUUUCCAUUUUCAGCUUCCGUUUGACAGAUAUCUCUACCCAAGCUUGAGAGAAAGACAGAGAGAUAAAGAGACAUUUGAGAAAGCUCCAUAUAUCUACACAUGAAGAAGGGAAAGAAAGGAGAGAGUUGUGUGUGUGUAUAAUGUUUUAAUACAGGAGACAGUGAUUGAAGGGAGAAAGCUAUGAUAGUGAUGACUUGGAGUGUGUAAACAGUGACGAUGGUGAGAAAAGUGCUUGUACUGAGAGAGACAUGCAGUACAGUGUUUAUGAAGAUGACUGAUGAUGAUGAUAGAAAGGAGAGAGAGAGAAAGAGAGAAAGGAAGUUACUAGCCCACCACAAGAACACAUAAAAUACCAAAAGUGAAUAAGUGUAAAAAGGGUUUGAAUGGACAUCUAAACAUAGAAAUGGAUAUAGAUAGAAAAACUAAACCCUAAAUUCCAACUUCCUUGAACUUGAAAAAAAUACGUAAGAGUGUAAUGAAAGGGAGACAAGAAAAAGUAAAAAAGAACUUAAACAGCUAAAAUAAAUAUAAGAGUUGAUCAUUGGUGACAUAAAAGAAAAAGUCAGAAAAAAAAAGUGCUUAAGGAGAAGAAGAAUCACCACCUUUUAUUAUUUUUCCUACAGGUUCCUGAGCCCUUGUGUCCCCUCCCCUCUUUACCUUUUUGUUAAUUAAUUUGCAGGGUCAGGUGUGAUCACGUGUGUAGCAUAAAGUGUAACACCCUUGUUGAGUGCAGAGACAGCUUGUGGAGGUGAUGAUGAUGAUUGAAAGUGAAGGGAAUAUAAAAGCUAACAGACUUGGAAAGAAAAGAGAUAGAAGGAAAUGGGAGGAGGGAGGAAUUUAAAGACUAUCUUAUAAAGACAAUGAAGGAAGGGAGUUUGAUUAAGAAGGAUAACUUCGAAUGUGUCGGGAAAAAUAUAAAAUAAGAAGGUGAAGUGAAGAGACCAAAAGACUGAUGGAAGCUGAGACGAGGGAAACUUUAAUGAAUACUAAGAAGAAAAAUGACAGCAAGCCAACAUAUGUGAAGAAGAUGUGCAGUGACCUCAGUGAAGUGAUGAAUGUGGUGAUGAAACUCGUUUGCUAAAAAGUAAAAGUAUGAAGAGGAUGAUGAAGAAUGGAAGAAUAUGAAGUUGAAAAAUGAGAAAUUAACUGUUCUGAUAUGAAAUUUUUGAAUUAUUUCUACAUUGGUUUCAUAUUAUUAGGCUAUUGAUUUCCUAAUGCAAUGAUUGAUAUUUCUUUAUUUUCCUCAAGUACAGGAAAUUUGUUUUGUGAGUACAGUUGAAAAAUGGAAAAUGAUUUGGUUACUGAAAGAGAAAAAGAAAAUCAGAAAGUAAAGAAAAAGAAAACUAUGAAAGACAAAGAAAUGAAAAAAACUCACAAAUACAGAGAGAGUGAAAGGAGAACCAGACAUUAAUUCUACUUCAGUAUAUGAUUAACUGACUUUUCUUGCAUUACAGGAUAUAACUUAUUAAUAUUUACAACUAUAUGUGACAGUUUAUUGAUUUCUAACUAGCUUGAAUAAAUGACAAUCCGAUUUGCUAUUUCUUACACAUAAAGGGCAUUAGCUUAGUGUGUGUUUAGGAGCACAGGGAACAUAGGAUAGAUAAGUAAUUUGUGGAUAGGAGUAGAGCUGUGUAAGGGCUUCAUGUUAUAUGGAGACAGGAAGAUUAGUAAAAUGUAAAGGAAAAUUUGUGUAGUGUGAUAGAGCUUACAACUUGGGAAGGAAGGAUGAUUGGAUGGGAGGAAUAAGGAGACAGGAAGAUCAGUAAAUUGUAAAGGAAAAUUUGUGUAGUAGAAUGGUAGAGCUUACAAGUUGGGAAGGAAGGAAGGAUGAUAGGAAUCGAGGAAUAAGGAGACAGAAAGAUUAGUAAAAUGUAAAGGAAAAUUUGUGUAGAAUGAUAGAGCUUACAAGUUAGGAAGAAAGGAGAGUAAGCUAGUAAGGUAGAAAAGGGGGAAAGGAUGGGAGGUAAGGAUAGGUACAGGAUAGAGCAGUUAGUUAGUGUAAGGUAAUAGGAUAAGUAAAUGGGGAAUAAAGGGAAAAAUAAGUAUGAGGGUAGAAGAGGAAUUGGAAAUGGGAGGAAUUGAGAAAAGAGAAAGACAGAUUAAAAUGGGAGAAAGAGAGAGUGACAAAUAAGGAGGAUAGAAGUGUAGGAAAUAGGAAGAAGUAGGAAGAGAUAGACUGACAAAAAUGGGAGAUAGAGAGAGGAACAAAUAAGGAGGAGGAUAGAAGAGUAGAAAUUGGAGGAAGUGGGAAGAGAGGAAAAAUAGCUUAACGGGAAGAGGACAGUUUAGGAUGAUAGAGAGGAAGAAAGAAAGACAUGUAGGAGAGGAAAGAAGAAAAGAAAUAAAGGUAGGUAGAUAAGAAAAUAAAUAAUGUAGGAAAAGGCAAUGUUAGGAUAAAGUUUUAGUAUGUAAAGAAAAUACUAAGAUAUUUUAGGGUAACUUAUGGGCAGGAAAGGGAAUACAGAUGAAGACAGAAGCAUUUACCAAGAUUAAGAAAGAUUUAUUUUACUAUUUUUUCACUGCAAUUUUUUUCCCAUAGACUUACAGGUAAAAAAAUAUGUGAAAAAUGACCCACUUUUCACCUGUACGGAGGAUGAACAGGUAAAAUGGAGUGGCGUGGUAUUGAAUAAUGAACUAAAAAUAUAUGAUGUGGGAUAUUGUGUUAGAUAAGUGAUGUGGUAUUUUUGUUUUCGUUUUCAGUUCCAAGAAAACACGAAAGGAAGUGUAAAUAUUAUGUUAAAGAGACAAGUGUUGUAACAUGUCCUCGCAUCAUAAGUGACGACGGGACAAGAGAAAAGGAGCAGAACUUAAGUGCAUACGAGUUAUUUAUAUUUUCCGCCACAAGGGAGCGAGGCGUAUGUACACAAACUACUUAUAUUUACUUGACGUGCAUUUAUUUUUUCUUCCUCAGGUAUUCCCAAGACAGAAAAAAGGGCUUUGGGUAAUCUUAUGUUGCCUGGAAUAUGUUUGUACUGCACCAUAGUUGAAAGUAGAAUAAAAUUAGUGAUGAAUAUAAUUUUGAUCAUG